AUGUUACCAAAAAAGGUUUUCCAUCUGAUUCGGCCAGAAGCAACACAUAAAUCGGGUUUAUUCCGACGGUUUUCCGAUAGUAGAAUGAGUCCAAUCCUUCUAUCGUUGUCCCGCGCGGUGACUACGCAAUGGACGACGGCAUCGUUUUCCACCUUGUUUAUGGCGCUGAAGGAUUCCCGUCAGCAGAAGGAAGCCCCCAUCGUCGUCGAUACCAAGCUGGUUAUUGCCGACGAGGUAGAGCUCCGCGAGCGGGAGAAGCAGGCAGGCACCAUUGCCGUUCCUACCAAGGCCGAUCUGAGUACGAUUGCCGGCAUCCCGGAGGAGCACGUUAAGGAACGUCGCGUGCACAUCUUCCUGCCAGCCAAAAAUGGCAUGCAAAGCGGAACGGACAAUCUGGACCACUGGAGCAUUGAGUUUGACAACCGCGAGCGCUGGGAGAACCCCCUAAUGGGGUGGUCGUCGACUGGUGAUCCACGUUCGAACAUGAGUGUGUAAUUCGGAUCGGAGGCCAACCAUUGCGAACGGAACGGAUGGAGAUGGUUUGUCGGUAAUCCUGAAGUGUUAAAGAAGCUUCGCGUCAAGAACUACGCUGUCAACUUUGCAUGGAACAAGCGUAUCCGUGUGUCAACCAAGUAAGUUCCUCACCUUGUAGAAGUUAGAUGCUGGGCUAUUUCGACGUCGUACGUUAGUUUGUUGUGUGUAUAAAUAACGGAUCGGAACAGUUGUGCGGAAUUGAAAUUGAAAUCUAAGAUAUGGUUGUCAUUCCUUCGUGUAUAGUACUACGUUCGAUUGUAGGAAUCAAAUAUUGUAACUUUGUGGAUUAUUUAUUUUUAUUUAUUUAUUAGAAACACAUGACUUAAGACUACUGUCUUUUCUUUGCCAAAACGGUUAAAAUUACAUACUUAAAACAUUUACAAAAAAAAAAAGUUUCUUAUAACACGUAACAAUCAUACAUUGCAUUUUUUAAACUUACAAUUGGUUGAAAAAUGUAGUGCAGCCUUUCUUGAACAUUGCUUCCGAGCAAAUACGUUUUAAAUCAGGUGGUAAGGAGUUCCAAAAAACCACACCCUUCACAAAAAAUGAUUCACCGUAUAGCGCAGUGUUGUGCAUAGGGACAGAUAAGCUCAUUGUUCGUCUUCCUUGAAGUGAUGUAAGCUUAGCAAACAGAUAGUUUGGUGCUCUCCGAUUUAACAAUUUGUGCAAAAAAAGACAAGCUCGUAAUCCAUGAAAAUUGCGAAAGGGACAGCCCAAUAGUGUUUUCUGUAGAUGAUGAACAGAUGUCCAUCGAUUAAUGUUGUAAACGUACCUAACGCAAUCGUUCAAAGCAACUUCAAGUUUAGAAGACAAGGUCGUAUUCAUAUUCAUGUAAACUAUAUCGGCGAACAUAAAGUAGGGCAACAGCAAUGAUUUGAACAACUGUAGUUUUGUAUGCACUGGCAUUUCCUUCGUUACAGCUCUCAAGGUCCUCAGUCCGCAAUAGAUUUUUCCACAUUGUUGGGAAACAGCUUUGUCCCAUUUCAGAUUAUUUUGAAAAACUAAGCCAAGAUUACUACCAUCUGAGGUUAAUUCAAUCAGGUUGCCAUCGAUGUUUACUGCUGGAAGACUAGUCAUUUCGUGCCUAGUUCCACCAAACAGCAAUGCUUUACUUUUGCUGUGGUUGAUACGUAGGUUGUUUCUCAUUGCCCAACGAUGGAGUCUAGUUAAAUCUUCAUUUACUAAAUGCAACAAAUCAGCAGGAGAUUUCCCCGGGCAUAUACAAACUAGUUGGACAUCGUCUGCAAACAGCUGGGCUCUACAAUACCUCAACACAUUAGGAAGAUCGUCAAUAUAUAACGUAAAUAAGACUGGUCCAAGCACAGAACCCUGCGGAACUCCAGAAAUCACAGCAGCACUUUUCGAUACCUUAUCGUCACACACGACCACCUGUGUUCUGCCUAUCAAGUAGGAUCUAAUCAAAUUAACUGCCGUGCGACUAAAGAAAUAGCGAUCGUACAACUUGCUGCACAGUUUUGAAUGGGAAAUAGUGUCGAACGCUUUCGAAAAAUCCAACAACAGCAGUACAACUUUAUUUUUGUUAUCAACGGCAACUGCGAUAUCAUCGUAAACUCUAAGCAAGGCUGUUUUGACACUUUGGCCUUUCCGAAAUCCCGCUUGUUGAUCCGAAAGAAGAUUGAACCUUUCGAUAUGAGCAACCACCUGCCGUUUCAGAAGUUUUUCAAAGACUUUGGAUAAAACACAGAGCAGGCUUAUUGGACGUAAGUUUUCGAUACAAUUCAAGCGUUUUUUCUUCCUUAGCGGUAGUACUUUAGCUUUCUUCCAAGCGGAAGGAAAAACUGCCGUAGAUAUGAUGUUGUUGAACAUCCAGGUAACAUGAUCAAUAACCAACGGAAGUAUAA